CCGCACACAGCAUGUAGAGAGAGGAGAGUUGGACAGUCACAGAAGAUGAACAUAUAGGCGCUCGUGUGUCUAUCAAAUACUAUUAUUCAACAUCGCUGUCGCCCAUACAUGGACGAAGCAGUUCAAUUGUCGCCCAUACUUGGAUAACUACAUUAUGCCGUCUGUUUAGUGUUUUCAUCGCGCCGGGUCCUUAUUAUUUUGAGUGUGUGGCGGAAAAACAGAAAAGAUAUGGAUUACUGAAGAUGGGAUCGGCUAACGGAGGGGAACUAACUCCACCCAGCAGAGAGGGUUUGGGGCAGGCGGACCCGGCGGUGCCACAACACAGCUGACCAUUCGACACUCUUGGCAAGUCCUCCGGAAAACUUCGGUGGGGCCAAAGUCCACUUCGGGGUGUGAGCCAAGUGUGUCGCACUGUACCGGAUAAUCACACGCGAGUUCUUUUUUUUUUUUUAAAGGCUUACUGUAAAGAUGGCGGUUGUACUGACGACGGGAGUUCCAGGUAACGGCCGAGUUCAACAAAGUGGGUUUCUGGAAGUUUUGGUCAAAAGGAAGUGGCACAAAGUUUUGGCACACUUGAACGAGGAAUCCCUGACUCUGAGCUGUGAGGAGGGGGACACCGGUACGACCGACGCCGUCCGCGCCAACAGCCUCAUUAACGGAUCUUAUAACGGCAACAACAAUACCGCCGGUCACCCCGGCGACCCCGGCACGGAAUCCGACACGAGCCCCGAAACCGGGACCGAGCGGGACGCCCUCAAGGACCUACCUGAGCAAGUGUCUGAAGCAAUAGCCAACCAGAAGAGGUGCGUCAAGGUGACCAAGCAAGAGGUCGGCGGGCUCGGGGUCAGCAUUAAAGGCGGGAAGGAGAACAAAAUGCCCAUUCUCAUCAGCAAGAUCUUCAAAGGGCUGGCCGCGGACCAGACCCAGGCUCUGUACGUCGGGGACGCCAUUCUGUCCGUGAACGGUUCGAACCUGCGGGACGCGACCCACGACGAAGCCGUUCAAGCUCUGAAGCAAGCCGGGAGAGAGGUGAUCCUUGAAGUGAAGUACAUGCGUGAGGCCACGCCCUACGUAAAGAGAGGCUCCCCGGUGUCGGAGAUCGGCUGGGAGACGCCCCCCCCCGAGUCGCCCCGGCUGGGCUUCUCUCCGUCCUUCCAGACGCCCCCAGGUGCCCCGCCCGGCUUCGCCCCCACACCGCCCCGGUCCCUGCCCCUGCAGGGCGACCGGCGCUGCAUACCGCUCAAGAUGUGCUACGUCACCCGCUCCCUGACGGAGGUGGACCCCGACAAAAGGCACGUGGAGCUGCACUCCUCAGACGCCCGCCAUACCCUGGUGCUGCGCUGCCCCGACCGGGCCACCAGCCAGGCCUGGUUCUCCGCCAUGCACGCCACCACCGCCGCACUCACACAGCGGGGCCUGGCGGAGUUCGUCCAUAACGCUACAAGGGCGGGUGUUUCAGGCAGCAAGGAGAUACGCCACUUGGGGUGGCUCGCAGGAAAGACGGAGAACGAGAAGGAGCAGUGGAAGCCCGUGCUGGUGGUGGUGACGGAGAAGGACCUGCUGCUGUACAGCAGUCUGCCCCGGAGGCCUGAGGCCUGGAGAAGCCCUGAGCACACCUACCCACUGUUAGCCACGCGACUGGUCCACUCCGGACCCGACCGGGGGGGGUCGCCCCAUCGCGGCACAGAGCUGUCCUUCGCCACCCGGACGGGCACGCGGCUCGGCAUCGAGGCCCACCUGUUCCGGGCCGAGACCACCCAGGACCUGUCGGCGUGGACCAGGCACAUCGUGACCGGCUGCCACGCCUCGGCCGAGAUGAUCCGGGAAGUCAGCACCAGCUGCCUGUACCAAGGCCAGGAGUGUCGCCUGGUGGUCCACUACGAGCAGGGCUUCUCCGUGCUGGCCGACCCCCCCGCCGGGCCUGCGGGGGGGGGGUGCAGCGGCGGCGGCGGGGGGGGGGGAGGAGGAGGAGGAGGAGGGGGGGCGGGCGGCGCUGCUGGCCUACGCCUUCGAGAAGCUCCGCAUGUCGUCCGACGACGGGAUCCGCAUGCUGUGCCUGGACUUCGGGGGCAAGGAGGGGGAGAUCCAACUGGACCUUCACUCGUGUCCCAAGCCCAUCGUCUUCAUCCUCCACUCCUUCCUCUCCGCCAAGAUCAGCCGCCUCGGGCUGGUGGCCUGACCGCACCCUUCAUAUCAGAGGCCGCGGUUUGAUCGGAAACGGAAGAAAAACGAAAAAGAACCACAGAAGUGACUUAUUGAGAACCUCUCUGGACCAGGGGGGGGGAAGGUUGUGUGAGGGGAAGUCCACGUUAUUAUUUCGGUCUCGGACCCGUAGGAUGUCGUUCUGUCGACCUCAGUCGUUCUGCUCUUCCCGAGGCGGGAGCCGACGCUGGGACCGAUGGGUGGGCGUGCACCUCUUUCCCUGCGGAGCCAAGAGGGAGAAAGCAGGGGGAGGACAACAGCCUGUGGAAGUGAGGACGUGAGACCCCAGGGUCGCGUCUCUUCCCAAGGAGAGGAGCCGUGGAGACGUGACCGACUGACUGAGUUCACAUCCACUGUGUUAAGGGUUCCACGACACAACUUGGACUUUAAGUGGUUUACUUUUAUUUUUUUAUUUAGAGAAACCGAAUUUGUGUCUGUCUUUUUGGCGGGAGAAAGACUUGAUUGUAAAAAUGUAUCGUGUACAGGAUUUAAUGUGAAGAGUUUGUUGAAAUAUUUUAUAUUCCAAAAACUGCAAACAUAAAUUGAAUAGCAAUGGAUGAUGAUGAAUAGUGAUGCAGAGUUUCUCCUGAAAUUUCAAGUAAAUGUAGGUAUUAUCAUUAGCCAACAUCUGGCAUAAAUGUUUUGGAUUUGAGUUAUUAUCGCAGGGACGGUAAUAUGAGAAAUUGUUUAGCAAUUAACAUUUUGUGACCUUACAAAAUGUUAAUGAUAAACAUUCCCUUCUUUCAGCGAGGCACAAAUUGCUUCAAUAACCUCAACAUGACAUCUGAUCAAAUUAAAUUGCUGCCAGGUUUUUUAGCACCAAGUUUAUCUGACUUGGGGCACACAAGUGAAGUACAUUUUGAAGUCUUGGCUGAUUUAUCAUUAACCUUAUUUAAAUCACUCCGAUUUUAGCCUAUAGUUUUCUAAACAUUCACCAAUGAACCAAUUGCAGGAAGUCUUGGAUUAUGCCUGGUAUCGGGACUGCUCAUUGAUUAACCAUGUAUAAUAUUAUUGAUGAGAAAUAGAAGAAGAAACCUUAACUAUGCAUGUGGCCUAGUCAUGGUCUGACUAGACCUGAGGAAAGGAGAAUGUGGAAGUAAUUUCCUAAAAUGUUUCCGACUGUGUUUGACUUCUGAAUAAUGAGUAAUUCCCAAGUAUGGUGCCGUCGUAUUUCAAGUAUCGUCCCUGAUAAAAUUCCAAUCAUAGCAACACUGUCGGUGCGCAAAGGGGCAACGGUCAAACUAGUUUCUUGAAAAUGUGUGACAGAAUAGUGUUUUGUGUCCUCAAAAUAUCUGCUGGCCUGAACAUUCCUUGUGCCUUCCAAUGGCUGUCCAGAGAAUAUUUCUGAUAUUAAUAUUCCUACUUAAAAUGUGAUGUCACAAAGUUGUAGCAGGUUCACCAGAGGUCAAAAGGGCGGUGUAUGAGAGCGCAGUUUCAAAGGCAAGAACACAAAUGAUUUACGGUUUAUAUUUUGUUAACUCACAACUUUAUUUAAUGCCAGACAGAUGUAUAACAAAUAAGCAUUUUACGUUGUCAAGUCCCACCUGGCAGCGGGAAGGAAUGGCACGGCUAAAUGUCGACUCGUACCAUUCAUCACAGAUCUGCUGAAUAACAGUGGCUGGCGAAUAUACGAGUUUCAAAACGAUAUUGUUUCAAUCGGAUCAUGGCGCGCUCUGAGACGCUCUGAGACGACGUUAGAGGUAAUUGGAUGUCGUUGGCAGCUGUUGUACCUUCAUUAAGGAUGUUGAAACCUAGCGUUUGAUCCAAGGCUUUGCACAAAAAUCAAGUAUUUAUCAAAUGCCUGAUUGUAAAAAGUUUGUCACUCAUUGCAACCAAUAAUUAAAAAACAUGCUGCGGCUAAUUGUUUGCCAGGUGGAAAAGA